CCGCAUCUCAACAAUCAGAAAAAUAUCUCCGACGAAGGAGAAGAGAAACACGAAAAUGGCGGAGAUUGGAGGAAUUGGCUGUGGCUGUCGCGGCGUUUCCGGUGGUAACUUCUCCCAUCCCGGAGGCUUCUCUUUGAAAUCUUGCUUCCUCGAGCAGAGAACGAGGCGGAAUCGAAACUUCUUACGAAGCGUCUCUAUCGUUCCUUCUUUCAAACGCGGUCGUUUAAUCACUAAAUGGAGCUCCGUCGCUGGGAACAGCCCAAUCUUCAGUAUGGAUGCUCGGGAGAAAUCAAGAUCAUUUGUGUUGGUAUCAUCACGGCACAAGAAAGUCCCUGUUUACGUGAUGAUGCCUAUUGAUACAUUUGGAAUCGAUUCUUCUGGCUGCCCUAUCAUUAAAAGGCUCAAGGCUUUAACUGUUUCUCUUAAGGCGCUCAAGUUAGCUGGUGUUCAUGGAGUUGCGGUUGAGGUUUGGUGGGGGAUUGUGGAGCGUUUCUGUCCUCUUGAGUUUAAAUGGUCGCUCUACGAUGAGCUCUUCAGGCUGGUUUCUGAGGCAGGGUUGAAGUUGCACGUUGCUCUUUGUUUUCACUCAAAUAUGCACUUGUUUCGUGGUAAAGGAGGUGUCAGUCUUCCACUCUGGAUCCGAGAGAUUGGGGAUGUUAAUAAGGAUAUAUACUAUCGAGAUAAAAACGGAUUCUCCAAUAAUGACUACUUGACACUUGGAGUCGAUCAACUUCCUUUGUUUGGUGGUCGCACUGCCGUCCAGUGCUAUGAAGAUUUUAUGCUCAGCUUUUCUAAAAACUUUGAACCAUAUUUUGGACACGUGAUUGAAGAAAUAAGCGUGGGUCUUGGUCCUUCUGGGGAGCUUAGAUAUCCUGCACAUCCUUUGGGAGAUGGGAGGUGGAAAUUCCCUGGUAUUGGUGAAUUUCAGUGCCAUGACAAAUACAUGAUGGAAGACUUAAUGGCAGUGGCUUCUCAAGAAGGCAAACCUCAAUGGGGAAGCAGAGAUCUUCCAGAUGCCGGCUGCUAUAAUAGCUUUCCAUCUGGGGUUCCUUUCUUUGAGGAGGGCCAUGACAGUUUUCUCUCUGACUAUGGUCGUUUCUUUCUAGAAUGGUACAGUGGGAAGUUGAUUUGUCAUGCUGAUGCGAUUCUUGCAAAGGCUGCCGAUGUUUUGCGGAGACGUCAGGAACAGGAGAAAAGCUCUGUAAUGUUGGUUGCAAAAAUUGGUGGAAUAUAUUGGUGGUAUAAGACAUCUUCACACCCUGCUGAACUAACUGCAGGUUAUUACAAUACCGAACUCAGGGAUGGUUAUGAUCCUCUCGCUUCUGUCUUGUCCCGCCAUGGUGCUGCUCUGCAUAUCCCGUGCUUGGAUAUGGCGGACUGUGAAACACCUGAGAAGUAUCUUUGCAGCCCUGAAGGACUGCUCAGACAGAUACACGAUGUUUCGAAGAAGAGGACAAUACAAGUGACUGGAAGAAACACAAGCGAAAGAUAUGAUGUGAUGGGACUAAGGCAAAUACGAGAGAACUGCCUGCAACCAAACGGGGAAACUGUAAGAUCGUUUACAUUUUUCAGAAUGAACGAGAAGAUCUUUAGGGUCGAGAACUGGAACAACUUUGUCCCUUUCGUUAGGCAGAUGAGUGCAGAUGUGUAAAACUACAGUAGCCAUUGGCGUUGUGUAUUUUUCUUUUGUUUGUUACAGAAGUGAUCCUUCCUCACCAUAUUGCUUUUUCAGAUAUGUGAUGAGGAUAGAUAAAUCAAAAUCAAAAUUGUUAUUAAGAUAUAGUUCUAGUUCCAUGGAAGAGACAAAGGUCUUGCAAAAGAAACCUUUCAUUGAUCAAAAAGUUACAUUAUCCAAUACAGAGAAAGUUCAAUCACAUAUACAUUUGGUUCAAAGGACUUGCCUAUCAGCAGCAUCAGCAACAAUGGGCAACCUAGGGAUGAGACCAAACAAGCAAGCAGAGAAACCAUAGAUCAAAGAGACAAGCAAGAAGAGGAACACAGUGCUGUCCAAACUCAUCACCACAUCCAAACCAAACCCAUCUCUGGGAUUAAAGCUCCUCUCAAGCAAAUCCGGGAAGAUCAACAGGACGUCGAGGACAAUGGCCUGCAUCGUGUUGAACCUAACGUACCUGCUGAAAUUCUGGUUUCUGACGACGACGAAGUAGAGAGUGAUGAAGAUGAGGAAGCCAUUGAAAGGGAAGCUUUUGAAGGCCUUGAUGGCGGGAAACAGAGGUUGUAUGAGGAUCUGGAAUGGUUGGUAUUGCGUGAUGAUGAAUUUACCGUAUUGAAUCCCGUCGAAGAAUGGGUAAAAGUAACAUACGGCUGAGAUGAGACGAUCUGAUGCGUCGACGGAAUCGUCUCCUUUUGAUCGGAGGAUGAGUGUGGAGGCUGCUCUUUCCCUUGAAAGUCUUGGUUUUGGGAAGUGGGGAUUAGGGUUUGGAGGGAGAGAAGAAGAACGACCGGUUAGGGUUAGGUUUCUGGUUAGAGAUGGUAAUGGAGAAAGAAGAUGAGAUAUUGUCAUUGCUCUGUCUUUUUG